AUGGCCUGCUUUUCUCGGAGUUUCUACCCUCGAAGCUCAGUUGAGACUGAGUUUCUGAUGAAAGAGCUGCUAGCAAGUCCAUGGUUGUUUGGUUCAGCCUUUCGGGCCGUGUGCGAUUGGGAAAACUUGAACUUGAGAUUGGAUGCUAAGUUCUCAGGCAGGGGCCGCGAAUUCAUUUCACCGAGAAUUUGUAGAAGGUUUCCUUUUUCAGGUGCUGGUGAGAAUUCGCCACUUUGGUCUUCAUUGUUCCCUCCUGAGUUUUUCUCCUCUUUCGGUUAUGCCCGACAAGCCUGCGUCUAUAGCUUAUUUGAGAUAGGGAUGGAAAUGGAGGACAAAAUUGACUGGGCCAAACACUUCAUCAGCAUGACCAUAUAUAAAUCGGAUUUUCUUACUCUGCUAUGGAGGAAAGAUCAUGAUAAUGGAAUGGAAUAA